CUCUCUCUCUCUCUCUCUCUCUCUCAAGUUCAUCCAACGCUUUUAUUUCUUUACGACGGGAACUGCAUUCGUUUCCCGUUCUAAAAAAUUUUUCCGUCCGUUUUCCGUGGGUUGCCACCGUCGAGCCCACCAUUCGAAUCCAGUCAACGUUGAGCCCACUCCUGAAGCCCAGACAACGUCAAGCCCACCCUCCAGCCCAAACAUCGGGCCCACUUCCAGCCCACCCCUUCAGCCCAAACGUGAAGACCAUCCGGUCAGAUCCUCCACGACGCACCACUUACAGUGGGGAUGGAACCAAAUAUUGGAGACGAGGGUGUUGUUGAAGAGCCAAAGGAGGGAAUGUCAUUUUCAUCAAUUGAGGAAGUAAGGGCAUAUUACACGAGGUAUGCAAAACAAGUUGGGUUUGGAGUGACAAAACGAAAUUCUAAAACUGGAGCCGAUGGGCAAAUAAGGUAUUUCACACUUGCUUGUGUCCGUCAAGGCACGUAUGUUAGCAAAGCGUCGAAUAUUCUUAAACCGAGGCCAAUGGAACAUAACGGAUGCAAGGCAAAGAUCAAUGCUAUAUUAGGUUCCGAGGGGAAGUUUCGUUUAACCCAUGUUGUCCUUGAGCACAGUCAUGUUCUUAGUCCUGGAAAAGCAAGAUAUAUUAGAUGUCAUAAGAGGUUGGAUGAGUCGAGCAAAAGAAAACUAGAAUAUAAUGAUAUGGCUGGCAUUCAAUUGAGCAAGAACUACAAUUCUUGUGUUGCUGAGGCAGGAGGAUAUGAGAAUCUCACGUUUGGAGAGAGAGAUGCGCGAAAUUACAUACGUGAGGUUAGAUUACUUCGGCUUGGGUUAGGAGGCGCCGAAGCACUACAAAACUACUUCACUCGUAUGCAGGCACAAAAUGAUGGUUUUUAUUAUAUUAUAGACGUUGAUGAUGAAACCAGAUUGAGGAAUGUGUUUUGGGCGGAUGCCCGUAGUAGAGCUGCUUAUGAAUCGUUUGGUGAUGUUAUAACUUUUGACACGACGUACUUGACCAAUUCAUACAAAAUGCCAUUUGCUCCUUUUGUGGGAGUUAAUCAUCAUGGUCAAUCGAUUUUAUUUGGAUGUGGCUUGAUUUCUGGAGAGGAUACGGACACGUUUGUAUGGUUAUUUGAGUCAUGGCUUAAGUGCAUGAAUGGCCGAGCACCACAAGCCAUAAUAACAGAUCAAGAUAAAGCUAUGCAAAAUGCAAUUGCAAGAGUGUUUCCAAAAUCUCGACACCGAUUUUGCUUGUGGCAUAUAAUGAAAAAGGUUCCUGAAAAAUUUGGAGCGUACAGUCAAUAUGAUGACAUCAAAAGUCAGCUGCACAGGUGUGUUUAUGACACGUUGAGUCGUGAUGAAUUCAACAAGUGUUGGCUGCAGCUUCUUGACAAUUUUGAUUUGCAUGAUCAUUCAUGGCUUGAAUGGUUAUAUUCUGAGCGUCAUCUAUGGGUGCCAGCCUACGUCAGAAAUGAAUUUUGGGCAGGAAUGUCAUCUACUCAGCGAAGCGAGGGUAUGAAUGCAUUUUUUGAUGAUUACGUAAAUUCAAAGACAACGUUAAAGCAAUUUGUAGAUCAAUAUGAUAAUGCACUUAGACGCAAAAUUGAAAAUGAGCUUGCAGCUGACUUUAGUUCAUUUCACAUGCAAAUUCCAUGCAUAACUUUUUAUGGCAUUGAGAGACAAUUUCAAGCAAGUUAUACGAAUGCAAAAUUUAAAGAAGUUCAAGAAGAGUUAAGAGGCAUUUUGUGUAGACAUGCCAUUCGUGUAUUGACACUCCAUGAUAAGGAAGAGUUGCCUGCAAAAUACAUACUUGAUAGAUGGAGGAAGGACCUGAAACGAGAUUAUACGCUUGUUCGAAGUAGCCGCGAUGAUCUGAGUUAUAGUCCAAACGCAUACCGAAUGAAUAAACUAAACAAGGCCUUUUACGAGAUUUCUUCAAUUGCAGGCACCUCAGAUGAUGGUUGUGCGAAGUUACUGACUCAAUUAAGUAAGUUAAAGCUGGAGUGGGUUGAGGUUCAGCCUGUGUGUGAUAAUCAGUCUACUGAGUCAUUAGGGGUGACAAAGAGAUCUGACAAAUUAAAAAGUCCAGUUGCUGCUCGUAGUAAAGGUAGGCCAGUUUCUAAAAGGAAACAAUCAUCAGCUGAGAAAGCGAUUAAUCGCUUGAAAGCAAGGAAGACUCAAAGGGCUCCUGUAAGUUAG